GAGAGGCUGACUUAGUUAUCGCGAGGGGCGAGAAGGAGCUAAGGCCGCACGGUUCGUUGUUAAGGGAACAAGUCCGUGACAAGUGGUAUCAGAGCCCGGCUAAGGGCUUUGUGUUGAUCGAAUUCUCAACGAUGGCGAACGUUGAAGAUAUUUCGUACGUAACCGAGGGACGUGGCAGGGAGGCCCAAGUAAACAACAAGAAGAAGAAGGACCACAACAAGGCUCGUGGGGAGAGUACCGUUAAUGAGGCCGUACUAACGGAUCAUGGCGAAAGACUCGAGAGGCUCGAGAAUAACGUCGCCAUAGCGGAGCUUAGCGAACGAUUCAAGAAGCUCGAGCACGAUACGGAGGUGUUGGAGAAUCACGUCGCCGAGCAACUCGAUUUGUUUAGAGACAAUGAGACGUUGCGGGAGGAACGGUUGGAUCGAUUGGAGGCCAUCAUCCAAUCCCUCCAAGAGAGCAUCGAAGGGAUGCGCGACGACUUGGCCUUGUGCAAAAAGGCCGCCGCUAAUGGGAGCGCUGGUGUUACUCCGAGUCCAAGGGUGGACUCCCCGAAGCCAACGGGAUUCAACGGCAUAAGGGACGCCAAGGAAGUUGAGAACUUCCUAUGGAUGAUGGAACAAUAUUUCGAGGGUAUCGGUCUAGUCGACGAGACGACUAAGGUAAGAACUGCUUCCCUUUAUCUUUCCGAUACGGCUAUAUCGAUACUUGGGAAGAGUUCAAGAGGGAACUCAAGCGACACUUCUACCCGGAGAACGUCGUCUAUGAGGCUCGAAGGAAGUUGAGGGAACUGAAGCAACGAAGUUCAAUCCGCGAG